AUGGCCUCCAGGGAUUUGGUCAUAGGCGUGAUCUUCUUAACCCAAACCGUGGUCGGAAUCUUGGGGAAUUUCUCUCUUCUUUACCAUUAUCUCUUCCUCUCCUUCACUGGGUGCAGGUUGAGGCCCACAGAUUUGAUUGUCAAACACCUGGUUGCAGCCAACUCCUUAUCCCUCCUCUGUAAAGGAGUCCCCCAGAUGAUGGCAGCUUUCAGGUGGAACAAUUUUCCAGGUGAUUUUGGAUGCAAACUUCUUUUCUAUCUUCACAGAAUAGGCAGGGGUGUGUCCAUAGGCAGCACCUGCCUCUUGAGUGCCUUCCAGGCCAUCACAAUCAGCCCCCAGAAGGCCAGGGGGAUAAAACUUAAAAGGAAAGCUCUCAAGUACAUUGACUUCUCUAUAUUCCUGUGCUGGACCAUCUACAUGCUGGUAAAUAUCAUUUUCCCUAUCCACGUGACUGGCAAACAGAACAACAUGAGCAUCUCAAUGAGAAAGGAUUUGCAAUACUGUUCGGGGACAACUAAUAACAAAAUCACACAAUUGGUAUAUGCAGCGUUGUUAUCAUUCCCUGAUGUGUUAUGUUUGGGGCUCAUGGUCUGGGCCAGUGGCCACAUGGUCUUCAUCCUGCACAGGCACAGGCAGAGGGUCCAGCAUAUUCACAGCACUAAUGUCUCCCCCAGAUCCUCUCCUGAGUCCAGAGCCACCCAGAGCAUCCUCGUCCUGGUGAGCACCUUUGUGUCUUUCUACUCCCUCUCCUCCAUCUGUCAAGUCUCUAUUGCUGUUUUCGAUAAUCCCAGCUGGUUGCUGGUGAACGUCUCUGCCUUGAUCAGUGGAUGUUUCCCAACUGCCUGCCCCUUUGUUCUCAUGAACUGUAACUCCUGUGUGUUCAGGUUCUACCUUCCCUGGCUGAGGUACACAACAUCCACGAAAGUGAUAACAAACGCGUAA